AGUUCGGAGUAUUGUUAUCAACGGUGUUUACCUUGUGUAUUCGGUUGUUGAUAGCGUUUUUUUCUUGAGUAUGGGACAGCGACAAUCUCGUAAAGAGAAAGCGGAGGGUGGUGAGUGUGUGCACGGGAUCAGUCCCGGUGCAUCACUUACACCCACCGACCACAAGGCGGAGGUCCAUCCUCGUUCCGACGAGACGCCUGAGUGUGUCGGUGAGGGAGGCGGGCAGGAGAGAGGGGGAGACAAGGCCAAGAAGAAGAGGAAGAGAAAGAGGUUUCGGAGGUUUACCUCUUUCUUCUCUUGCCUGUCUCGUCCCAAAUCCACCAGGGCUCAGGAUGAGCAGGUGGAGCAGGGUGAGGUGGACCAGGACACUGAUGAAGCCCCAUCGAGGUGUACUGAUGAUCAGACUUCUCUACAGGACGUCGUCUGUACUGUAGAGGAGGAUGAUGAUCAUCAGGAGCCUCCUACCAGUGAUCCUGAGGUCCUUGCCGCUCCCGAUGACCAGCAAAUGAUGGACACCCAUCCUCAAGAUCAGGACGGUCCAGCCAGUCCGUCAGCAGGUGAGAAUGAUUCCCAUCUGCUGAGACAGCUGGACUGUGAGGAGAUCGUGAGGAUUGAGGAACACAUUUGCUGGAAAUAUGCCAUCGGCAAAAAGAUGGGGGAAGGAUCGUACGGCUCAGUGUAUGAAGGGACCCGCUGUGAGGACGGCCUUCAGGUGGCUGUCAAAAUCACAGCGAAGACGGAGAAAGAGUCGUAUCUCAGCCUUCCUGACCAUCCCAGACCAGUACCUCUAGAAGUGGCCCUGACAGUUCUGGCCAAUCAAGGCCCGAGCUGUCGCCACAUUAUAGAGCUACUGGACUGGCAAGACCAUCUUGACCAGUACAUCAUGGUCCUAGAGCGGCCCUCACCCUGCAUGGACAUGCACGAUUUCUGGCUGCAUUAUGACGGGCUCUUCACUGAGGGGAUGGCCCGUCAUUUUAUGCAGCAAGUUAUCGAUGCUGCUGUCGUGUGCUGUUCUCGGGGGGUCUUCCAUCGCGAUAUCAAGAUGCCGAACCUCCUGGUCAACAUAGAGACCCUGGAGGUGAAGCUGAUUGAUUUCGGCUGUGGGGACCUCCUGAAGAGCAGCAAAUACAAAUCCUACAGUGGGACAGCGAGGUACUGCCCUCCUGAAUAUUUUCAGAAGGGUGAGUACCAUGGGAAACAGGCGACCGUGUGGUCACUGGGAGUGCUCCUCUUCCGGAUGAUCACCAGCCUUUUCCCUGAGAGAGGUGAUAUCAGUAAGAUGGACACUGAUAUCUGGUCCAAGCCAGGCUUCUCAGAUGAAUGCUGCUGCUUUAUCAGAGGUUGUCUGAAGAGCGACCCGGAGCAGAGGAUUCAUCUUGAGGAGUUGCUCUUCCAUGACUGGUUUAAGGUACAGAAUCAAAGACAAGCUAAAAUGAUACUGAUGAUGAAGUGUUUGUUUAUUUUUUAGUGGUUAAGUUCGAUAAUCUGAAUAAGAACAUCAGCUAUCUUGUGUUACAUUCCAAUACUUGCAACAUUAUAGUCAAUCCACAUACACUGCAUAGAUAACAAGCUGUAUUUUAUACCUUAUGAAAUCUGUUUUUUCAGUUUGUACAGUUUGCAAAUGUACAAUUUGUAAUUGUGUUUUAGGUCACCUUGUAAGUCAUGGAGGACAGGGUCAGCCUUGCGUCUUGCGGGCUGACAUGGGUGACCCCUCCAUCCCUCCAGCCUUUGCGUCUUGCGGGGCUGGCAAGCCAUGGUUGCGUCUUGCGCCAUGGCUUGAGGCGAGUAGUUUUAGCGUCUUGCGGAACUACUCGCCUGGGGUUGGUUAAUUUAGCUUAUCCAUCUCUCCAGCCUUAGCGUCUUGCGGGGCUGGCAAGCCAUGGUUGCGUCUGGCGUCAUGGCUUGAGGCGAGUAGUUUUAGCGUCUUGCAGAACUACUCGCCUAGGGAUGGGUACAUAGUGUAAAUAGUUAGUUUAGUUAGGUUAGCUUACCCAUCCCUCCAGCCUUAGCGUCUUGCGGGGCUGGCAAGCCAUGGUUGCGUCUUGCGUCAUGGCUUGAGGCGAGUAGUUUUAGCGUCUUGCGGAACUACUCGCCUUGGGAUGGGUACAUAGUGUAAAUAGUUAGUUUAGGUUUAGUUAGUUAGGUUAGCUUACCCAUCCCUCCAGCCUUAGCGUCUUGCGGGGCUGGCAAGCCAUGGUUGCGUCUGGCGCCAUGGCUUGAGGCGAGUAGUUCUAGCGUCUUGCGGAACUACUCGCCUAGGGAUGUGUAAACAGUUUAGCUUUAGUUUAGUUAGUUAUUACACCAUCCAAUCAUAUUUCUAAAAAUGGAGUCACCUAGAGCUUCUCAGAGCUCCCUGUCAAGCCUGUCCCACAAGCUCCUGGCACUGCAACACAGACAUGGCAACAGAGCUCACUUUCACAGCCACCUUGGGCCUAGAAAUUCUGCCAGGGCUGCUCCAAAAAUCACUCUGAAGGCCUCCAUAAAGGUUCCUGACACUUCUGCUCCAAAACCUGCAGAGGUCAGAGAAAACAAAAUCAAAGGCACCAUAGAGGUUACCUGACAUGGUAACAUUUCAGAGCUGCCCUGCUCCAAAAGCUUUGUCUCCAGGCCUGAAGGUUCCUGCUGCUGCAACCCAAGAACCCACAAUGGUUCCAGAGCUCUGUGUCAUAACAGCUACAAUCUGAAAGCCUCCCAUCAUGUGUGUCAAAAAGAUUCCUCUCAUGAUGGUGUUGAGAUUCAAGCCACGGCUGCUGAAAAACCUCCAACCAAGGCUGCCUCAGUGUUUCCUGUAAUAACCUCAGCCAGAGCUGAUGUCUAAAGAUGCUCCAGUCCCAGAGCUCCUCACUCAACCUCCCUGGUCCCAGAGGUUCCUGCCAAAGCUGCUCUGGCUUUAGAGGUUUCUGUCUCGA